AUGCCCAUGCGCACACUGCGAAGCCAGCGGUUCGCCAGCACACAGGGGGUGGAAGCCGUGUCUGGGAUCCGCGAGAUGGUGAUGGAGACGGCGCCUGUCGCGAAUGUCGCGGCUGCUAGAGUCUCGACUGUCAAUUUGGAUGUCAAUAUGGCUGCUGACACGACUGCCAACGCGACUGCCAACACGACCGCCAACACGACCGCCAAAGUCACAUCACCGCUCGCGGGCAGCGGACACAAGAAUACGCGGGCGCCCACGCUGGCAGAGCGCAUGCACAAGGCGCUGUACCCGGACCUGUACGUCAACGGGCGGCCGAUCGAGGGCGCGCAGGUGCCCAAGGAGCGGAAGGCGAAGAGAGCGGGCGAGCAGAAGCCGACGAACAAAACACACGGCCUCCACAUCGUAGCCCCCGCGCCCGCAAUCAAGAAGACCUGCCCCCUCCCCCUGGCCACCGUCACAGCAGCCUCGCUCAGAUCCCUCGAUCCAACAGGGGCCCGCACGCGCCUCUUCGACCGACAGAACCCAGAGUGCGCCAAGCUGGGCGACAUCCUGCUCGUGCGCCAGCGCACCGGCGACCCCUUCGCAGGGGUGUGCAUCAACAUCCGGCGCCGCGGGGUCGACACCGCGAUCCUGCUCCGCGGCCAGCUGACGCGCGUCGGCGUCGAGAUGUGGUACAAGGUCUACUCGCCCCUGGUCGAGGGUAUCGAAGUGGUGCAGCGGGCGGCCAAACGGGCGAGGCGCGCUAGGUUGACGUACAUGCGCCUCGUCAAGCACGAUAGGGGCAGUGUGGAGAAUAUCGUGCGCGUUUACCUCAGGCAGAAGGCAGCGCUGGGUGCUAGUGAUCAGAAGAAGACGGGGGCCGCGAAGCAGGCGGCUAUGCAGGGCGGGAAGAAGAACAAGGCGAAGAGCAAGAACAGGCGGUAG